AUAUGUGCGUGUUCUGCUUCCAGUGGCUGGCAAACACGUGUGAGUUGCGGCUCAUUUGGUCUGCGAAUUGAAAUUUCUCACCCCGAGUUGUUUUCUUGGAUUCUUCAUCUGGGUCACCAACAAGAACUUUAAAGAAGGGGGGGCCGAUUUCUUCUUGGGUUGAGCGUCGGGUUUGCUGCGAUCUGAAGUUGAUUUCUGGGUACUCAUCAAAUUGCUUCUGAAAGUUUGAAAAUUUUUAAAAGAACAGGCUUGAUUGCAGGAGGCCUUCGUUCCGCCAUGGGAAGCGCCGAGUAUGAGCUGAAGCAAGAUUCUGAGGAGACCCUCCCUUCGCUGAUCCAAGUCAUAUCGUCUAGUGGAAUUCAAGGCUUUGAUAAUGUCGAACCAAACAAUAACAAGCUUGUCGGCCCGCCCGCUCAACAGGACACUGAAGCAGCUGCCUCUGAUGAUGGAUCUGUUGUAAUGAUUUCCGAUAGGAUGCAGUCCAUUUCAAUCAGCAUGCCGCCAUCUCCGAUGGAAGCCCACCUGCUCAAUGCGAAGAGGGUUGUCUUCAGCGAUCACGGGGACACGAUAAUCACAAAUGGAAACCCAGAUAGCACUGCUCCUUCGGACAUGGACUCCAAGCGGAUAAAGUUCCAUUCGCAGCCGAUGCCGACAGCAUCGGCAGUCAAAGGCGGGAAUUUCCCUAAACAUUCUGGGAUCAUGAAGGACAAAAGGUAUGAUUCGUUCAAAACGUGGUCGGGGAAGCUCGAGAGGCAACUGUCCACCUUACGCGGGAAGCCUCGUGGAGCUCCGAGCGAGGAUGGAACAGGACGGAAUGCGGAAAUUGAAACUCUGCCUGUGGACAGAUACUUUGAUGCCUUGGAAGGGCCAGAACUGGAUACUCUCAGGGCUUCAGAGGAAAUAGUACUUCCAGACGACAAGCGAUGGCCGUUCCUUCUCCGCUUCCCGAUCUCUUCAUUCGGUAUCUGUCUUGGGGUCAGCAGCCAAGCAAUCAUGUGGAAAACUCUGGCCACCUCUCCCUCCUUGAAGUUCCUCCACAUAAACCUCACAAUCAAUCUUAUCCUGUGGUGCAUAUCCGUGGCUCUUGUUGUGGUCGUCUCUUCCACAUACCUGCUCAAGUUGAUCUUCUACUUUGAAGCCGUCCGCCGUGAGUAUUACCACCCAAUUCGUGUCAAUUUCUUCUUCGCCCCGUGGAUAGCGCUCUUGUUCUUGGCUCUAGGCGUUCCGCCUUCAGUAGCUACCAAUCUGCACGCCGCUCUUUGGUACGUCCUGAUGACGCCGAUAUUCUGUCUCGAGCUCAAGAUUUAUGGACAGUGGAUGUCGGGAGGCCAAAGAAGACUCUCAAAAGUAGCUAACCCUUCGAACCAUCUCUCGAUCGUCGGGAACUUUGUCGGGGCAUUGCUGGGCGCGUCGAUGGGGCUAAAAGAGGGUCCUCUGUUUUUCUUCGCUGUCGGGUUGGCUCAUUACACAGUCCUAUUUGUGACACUAUACCAAAGACUACCAACAAAUGAGACACUCCCAAAGGAGCUCCACCCAGUGUUCUUUCUCUUCGUAGCGGCUCCAAGCGUGGCUUCGAUGGCGUGGGCGAAAAUACAAGGAUCGUUUGACUACAGUUCGAGGAUUGCUUACUUCAUAGCUUUAUUCCUCUACUUCUCUCUGGCAGUUCGAGUCAACUUUUUCCGAGGUUUCAGGUUCUCACUGGCAUGGUGGGCAUACACUUUCCCAAUGACUGGUGCUGCCAUCACGACCGCUAGGUAUGCAAACGAAGUGACAAACGUCGUGACACAAGCGCUCUCGGUCAUACUCUCUGCCAUCGCCAUGCUCACCGUGACGGCUUUGCUCGUCACCACGAUCCUGCAUGCCUUUGUGCUUCACGACCUUUUCCCCAAUGACAUCGCCAUUGCCAUCAGUGAGAGGAGGCCAAAACCGCACAGGAAGUGGUUUCAUUUGAGGCACGGUAGCUCAGACACCAGAGACAUUGAGAACUACUUAAAAUUUGCUAGCUCCGACAGCAAGGACAUCGAAGCAUCUUUAGGACAUCCGAGCUCUGAUACUGACAGAGACUGUGAGCUACCGCCGUGAGCGGGGACAACAAGCCGCUGCCCAAAACCAUGAAGAUGCUUCAGUAGCCAAAUCUUCUAUACCGACGCAUGUGAGGAAUGUGAGUUAGGAUUCCGAUGAACAUGAGUAUCACGGGUAAUUCGGAGGUUUGAUUUGCUGAGAACGUGAGCCUAUAUGAGUUGUAACAUGGCCGUUUAUUAAGUCGUGUGUCGGUGAAGAAAAUGAUCUGUUGUCCCAUGAAAAAGGUAAAAAUAACUAGAUGGUCUUU